GCUAGAACUACCUACCUAAGGUACCUAAAGGUAUACCGGUAUGUAUAGGUAUGUAGGUAUGUAUAAGGCUGAUGACUAAUUCAGGCACGCGGGGAUCGGGACACGCUAAGAAUAACUUUCGGGACCAGGGCUUCUUAUACUCUUUCCCUCCGGAAUUAUCAUCCGUUGCUGAUUCAACUUCUUGUUGCUAUAUUGACUUGGCUACUUGUACUUCCGACAUUACCGACAUUACCGACAUUACCGACAUUACCGACAUUACCGACAUUAUAAGCCCCGAAGGACCCGUUACAUACCUCGGUACGUACCCAGAGGCAUACAGAGCCUCCCGUUAUUGGGAAUACUGAGUGUCCAAACUUUAGUAUCUAAUAUAACGGCAUAGCGAAGAAGCGAAGAAGCAUCAGAAAAGGAAAUAAGCCAUGGAUGCCCGCUGUCAAUGCGGUGCCGUCGCGUUUAAAACGCCUCUGCCCAAGCCCCUGGCUCUCUACAUUUGCCACUGUGCCGAAUGUCGCCGUCAGACGAGCUCGGCCUUUGGUACUUCGGCCAUAUUCCCCCGUUUUCCUCUACCUCACGCCGAGCUGAUGUCGUGCUAUGCCCGCCCGACACCUUCUGGUCACACGCUCUAUUGCUAUUUUUGCCGCAACUGCGGGACUAGACUGCUUCACACGACACCGGGCAAGAAUGUUGUCUCCGUCAAAGGAGGAUGUAUAGAUGGGCUCGACUGGUCAAGAGCUAUCCACAUAUGGACUAAAUCAGCCAUGAUUCCCAUACCCGAGGGCUCCGAAACAUACUCGGAAGAGCCUACGGAGUCCGACUACGGCGCCUCUCAGGAAUCUCUUGACCAACCCCUCGACCCGGCGGGUAUACUCAUGAAUAGCGGGGCGGCCCCAACGCCAGCUGAUAUAGAGGGGAAAGCUGCUCAUAUGGAGCCUGUGAAGGGCGCCUGCGAAUUGAGUGGAUUAUAAACGAUGUUGAAAGUUUUGAUGAGCGGCGUUGACGCUCGUGCCUGGUGGUUAGCCGAUGGUAGUUGGUGGCGCAGUGAUGGUAAAUUGAAAUCGGAAAAGCUAUCCAUGUAAAAGAUACCCUCGCUUCACUCAAGUCCUAUCUUUUAAGGGCUGUUUAAUCCGGUGGAGGCCAGUAGGCGGGUUCUUAUACCACCCUUCAUCCGCUGAUCUGACUAUCUUCGGCGAUCUCCGAGUGUUUGGCCGGAUCAAAUACGUACAUAGGUAACUCAAGGAACACCGUUCUCUUU